AUGUGUGAAGAGUUCAAUAGCAUUCUUGUAUAUAAACCACAAGGACAACCUGCUAUUAUUGGGCCUAAAGUGUAUGAUGAUAUUGAUAUCAACAAGGAUUUAUUUGUUAUUGCUAUACAAACUAAGCAGCAACUGGCAAUGUUUGAAAAGCAUGGGUCACAAAUUGUUUGUAUUGAUUCUACGCAUAGCACUAAUCAGUAUGCUUUUCCACUGGUAACUUUGCUUGUCCGCGAUGAAUUUAAAAGAGGCUAUCCAGUAGCUUUUUUUAUUUCCAAUCAUUCAGAUGAACUAACUAUAACUCCAUUUUUGGAGGAAAUAAAGAAGCGAUGUACCAAUCCAGUCAAAGUUAAUGCUGUUAUGACAGAUAAUGAUUGCUCAAGCUGGAAUGCUUUUUCUAAAGUCUUUGGAGAUACGCAUCACUUGCUAUGCAAAUGGCAUGUAAAGCGUGCGUGGCGUGGUAAACUUCCUUUAGUUGGUACUGCUCAUUUACAAGAAGAAAUUUACCAGAUCCUAGAGACAAUGAUAGAUGAAAAAGAUCCAAAGAUUUUUACGUCAAUUAUGAAUGGUUUUGUCAAGACAUAUGAAAAGAUAUGUCCUAAUUUUGUAAAUUACUUUCUAACAUACUAUGCUUCUCGACAUGAAAAGUGGGCUUCUUGUUAUCGGAACUUUCAGCAUGCAGAUACUGACACAAAUAUGUUGCUUGAAUCCUUCCAUAAUAAAUUGAAGACAGUUUAUAUGGAUAGGCGACCCAAUAAAAGGUUAGAUGAUCUGAUCAAAAUACUUUUGAAAAUCGAGGAAGAUGAUUAUUGGAGACACAAAAGAGACAACAUUUAUCUAGGAACUAUAUCUCUUCCUAAAAAGUUUAAAAAACGUCAUGAAAAAGGAAUGUUGAUUUCUGAUGACUGUGUUCUUAAAUGUUCAUCAACUAAGUACACUGUAAAAAGCCAAUCAAAAGAUAUAAUGUAUAAAGUUGACAUUUUACAAGAUACCUGUAAAGAAAGUUCAUGUUCACACUUGUAUAAAUCCGGCCUGUAUUGGCUUGUGUGA